AUGCCGCCACCAACCAAGUAUAUCAACCGCUGGGAGGACAUCAAAGACGACGUCUUUGAAAUCAUUUACAACAUGAAAGCCCCCUUGUCGGCUGAAGACAAGGACCAGCUGGUGAAGGCCAUGCGUGAGCGUGGCUACAACAUUGGCUGGAAUGGCCUUCGGGACAACAUGGCCCGAAAGGUUACAAUUUGGGACGCGGAGCAGAACCUGGCUGCGCUUCAGGCGAUGUACGAGUGGAUGAACCCGUCAAAGCAGGAUAUGAUCGAGAUCGCACUGGCUUGCCGGACCAAAGGCCAUCAUUUCUCGGGCUCAGCUCUAGCGUAA